UAAAAAAUCGUUAACGAUAAGAUAGGAUAACACUUAUUUGACUGACAUAUUAUUAUUAGUAAUGUACACUGACAAUAUAUCAUAAAUCUCAUUGUAAAAAUCAAUUUUUUAUACGAAUUUUCAUCGCCCGCUAAAUUCUUCCUUAUAUUCGGGAAAAUGUAGGCAUCAAUAAAAUGUUAGAGAUCUUGCAUUUCCUGCAUUCUAGUGCCGCCCGGGUGCCAUGAACUCGCUACAGUACGGACACGGCUCAGUCUGAUCUAUUCCUGAAUAGGUAUCGAAAAUCAGGGAUUGUUCUAUUUUUUCUUCUCCAAUUUCUUUAUUAGAUCCAACCUUACUUUCACCUCUUGUAAUAAAUGAAUCAGGAAUCAAAGUUUCUUUUCAGGCGAUAUUCAAGAAUAAAUUGUAUAAAUGAAUGCGCAGCUAAUUACACUAACUCAAUCUGUCACUGCAUACCAGUUUAUUAUCCACAAUACAAAAAAUGGAAAAUAUGCGGUUUACGGAAGUGGUGCUGUACCCUUUUAACAAUUGAUCGCGUAUAUGCUCAUAAAAUGGAAGCAAAUAAACGAUAUAACUGUUCUUGUCUCAGUGAAUGUGAAACUUUAGAAUAUGAUAAAAUUGAAUCCUAUGGAACAUUAAUACAAAUGCCGCAAAAAGAAAAUAUCUUAAAAAAUUAUACAGAUGAAUAUAUCAGGGAAAACAUAGCAGUAUUGAACGUUUUCUUUAAGUCCACCACUUUUGUAAAGUUGAGGAAACAGGCAAUGUACAACAUUUCUCAAUAUUUGUCUAAUGUUGGUGGAAUUUUGGCUCUUUUUAUGGGAUUCAGUUUUUUUACUGCCGCUGAACUGUUAUACUAUGGAUUUUUUAAAAGUGCCAUUUAUGUAUUACAAAUUUUUAGACCAAAUAUUGCGGAACCAAAGAGAAAUAAGUUAAAGCCGAAUAAGUUUAAUAUACAGCGAGCAAAAUAUUGAAUUAAUAAUAUUCUACAACGAAAAAAUAGAUAGACGAAAGUAGAAUCAAAAUGCACUAAUGAUAAUGAUAAGUGACCAAUAAAAGGAUAGGUUUUAGGAAAAAUGUUCAGUAUUUUGUGUGUAUAUGUAUGCAUCUGUACGUUUGGUGCUUUGAUUAUAAAUAUUAAGGGCUACA